CCAAGAGCUAUAUUAUGAACGACGACCUGAUUAAAACCCAGUAAAUAUUUGUUUUAUAUACCACUACAAAUAUUGAAGGCAUCAUAGAGGGCAUUGUUAGAAUACUUGCCCGGCUUUUAACCAAUCAAAUGCCUGCAAUCUAUGUAGGCAGUAUAUAUAAUAACUAAUAUACCCAUUCUAAUGAUUGCUUCCAUGGCAGUUCCUGGUAUAAUACAGUAUACAAAUAUUUACUGGGUUGAGAGGGCAUAGCUCAAGAUAACGCCUGAGGGCAUCUGAGGGUCCCGAGGAGAAGUCAAGAUAUGCUUCAGGCUUACAUCAAGAUGGCUACAAAUAAACUUAAUCAGUUUCUGGAAGAUAUUGAUGAAAAAGUCCUGGAGUGUGCCAUAUGCUUUAAGAGACUUCAAAAUCCAAAAUCCCUCAAAUGCCUGCAUAGCUUUUGCUUGGCCUGUCUGGAAGACUGGGUUAAGACGAAGGGUAAGCUGACAUGUCCAACUUGCACAAAAUCAUAUCUCAUUCCAGAGGGCGGGCUUCAGAAGCUUCCACCAAACACCUUUCUGAAUAACUUGUUAGAAACCCUUGAGCAAUAUAAACCAUUUACAGAUCACAUCAAAAAAUGUGUUUGUGGAAAAGUAGAAGAAUACUACUGUCAGGAUUGCAGACAUUGCUUGUGCUCUUCUUGUAGUGACCAUCAUAAAUUACUGCCUAUGUCAACAAAUCACAAGCUACAUACAGUGGAGGAUGUGCACUCAAUGACGCCACAAGAGUUUGCUUUGUUAAAUCCUCCGUUGUGCUUAUGUCAUUCUAAACCAUUGGAGUUGUACUGCCAAGAAUGUAAAAUUCCGAUAUGCAUUCAUUGCACAUUAAUAGAGCACAAGGGGUGGGAAGGGAAACACAAACCAAUCAGCAUAUCAGAUGCAUUCCAAACAUUUAAAGAAACUUCAGCAACAUUAGAGGAAGUUGCCCAUCGCUAUCGAAAAAAAUUACUAGAAGGCCUUGAAGCAGUUAUUCAAACGUCUAUAAAUUUAGAAAAAAGUAGAGAGACAAGUUUGCGAGAUAUUGACGGUCUUGUGCAGGAAAUGAUUAAAACAAUCAUAAAUAAUGGAGAUGCAAUGAAAAAUAAAAUACAGAUAAUCUACAUACAGAAAAAGCAAGUAAAUGAUGUCCAAAUUAAUGAAAUGAAAACAAUAAUAUCUGAAGUAAAUACAAAAUUGAGUUUUCUUAAACAGUUAUUAAAGAGUGACAAAGCAUCGGCAAUGCAAUCAAGUGAAACAGUUAUAACGGCAUUGAAGGAUAGAGUCAACAGGCUGCCCAAAACAGAGCCAAAAGAUGAUGGACAAAUUUUAUUUUUUGCAAAUAAACACCUUAUUGCUUCUUUGAAGCAACAUGACAUAGGAGAAAUAAAAACGGAAAUUAAGGCGGCAGAGUCUUUGACAUUAAAGAGAGUGGCCUCUGCAAGCCAAGCUCGAAAUAGUUUUGCAAAAGUAAUCAAAACAGAUGAAUAUGAUAAAGAUGCAAGUCAACUGAAGGCAACAUUGACACAUCCAACAGGAGAACCCAACAUCACUCAAAUUGAAGAAGAUGAAAAUGGAGAUUAUGUUGUGACAGAAAAAUGCAAAAGUCCUGGUGUUUGUAGACUUGAUGUGAGUGUUGAUUAUGAAUCAAUUAAGCAGUCACCAAUGAUAAUCAAAGGAGAGAAAAAAGGAUUAGUAAAUAGUAUUAAAUUAGGCAAAGAUACAAAUUACUACGGCCUAUUUAAGUGUGAAGAUGACUGCUUGUUUGUUUCAUGUAGUACAAAUAAGAUGUACCAGUAUAAGCAAUCAGGAGAAUAUAUUGGUAAGUUUACACUACCAAAAGGUGUGGAAAUAUUUGAAAUGUACAAAAUGAAAAAUGGUAACAUAGCAGUCAGUGACGAUGGUAACAAAUGCAUCACAAUAGUUAAGAUGAAUGGUGAGGUGAUCAAAUCAAUUGGUCUGGGAAAACUGAGGAACCCAUAUGGGAUCCAUGUAGAUGAUGCAUCAAAUGUUGUGUAUGUAGCAGAUUUUGACCAUAAAUGUGUGUUUAUGUUUGACAUUGAUAGUGGCAAGAUGAUCAGAAAGAUCUCACCAGGCAAUAAAAUAGUAAUCACUGAUGUUACGCUUACAAAUCAAGGACAUAUUCUUGCAUUAGAGAGAGAUGCUAAACAGUCUUGCAACAAUAGAUUGCAACUUUUUGAUAAUGAAGGAAGGUUCAUGAGAGUGCUUGUCAAAGGUGAUGAGCAUGGCAUUGUGGGUUUUCGAAGAGCAUUAGUUGAUGAGGAUGAAAACAUUAUAUUAGAAAGUGAUAAAAAACUACAACUUUUUAGUAGGGAUGGAAAUUUUAUCAAAAGAAUUGACAAACCAGAAGAUGGAAUAACCAAUCCAGGUGGAGUAUGCUUAAUUUCACAACACCCAAGGAGAGUUGCGGUAGCAAAUAAUGGACACGGUUACAAAACUAUAAAAAUAUAUAAUUACUGAAGUGUACUUAAAAUAUAAUCAAGAAAAAGCAAGAAUGAUGUACAAUUGGAUGUAUUAAUUGUAAAUGCAAAACUGAGUUUUCUUAAUCAGUUAUUAAAGAGUGAUGAAGCAACAGCAAUGCAAUCAAGUGUAUUGAAGAAUUAGUGAUGAGGAUGACAACAUCAUUAUAGCAAGUAAUAAUGGUGAAAACAUAAAAAAUAUAUAAUUACUAAUGUGUAUUGUAAAAUCUGUCGCUUUUUUUAUGCAAUUUUAUAUUACGUGAAAUAGCAACAGUCAAAAAUAUGUUUUAUUUUCUUUCUAGGCUUACGGUACAUGUUUUUUUUUUUUAAAUUAACCUAAAUUUUAGUUUAAGAAACAAACAAAAAUUAUCGAGCAAACAACAUAGCAAAAAAAUUAGAACACAGCUGUAGGUUUACCCAACAGAACUUUUUAGUACUGUACCUACAUGUAAUAGAAAUUGAAUAAAGACAUAAUUUUGAUUAUGUAACAAUAGCAAAAAGAGUUGAUAGUUGCGAAGGCUAUAAAAAGUAAUCAAUUGAUCGUGAAGGUAUAAAAAUGUAUUAAUGAAAGCUUGAAAAGUGAACUUUUUGAACAAGUAUUUUGGGCUACUUUAAAAAAAAAAAAAUAUUUUUGCUAAAAAAAAA